GUUUGGAUGCCGCGGCAUCACCCGGCAGCGCGGGCGGUUCAAGCUCGCAUUGCAGAGGCUCUGGGCCUAGACUUGGAUGUCUUCCCCCUCAGCGAGCCCUUGCUGGUGGUGAUGUAUCCGCAGCAUGGCCACUACGCCUGCCACUCUGACAACCCGGAGGAUGACACGGCCUUCCCCCAUCGCUACCUCACAGCGGAGAUCUUCUUGAACGAUGCCUACGAGGGUGGAGAGGUGGUGUUCCCCUUCGCGGACUCUGAGGCAGGCCUUCUUUUCGCGCUCGCGGCGGGCCACGACCGUCAUGACCUGCCGCGCUGGAUGCGCAUAGAGCCCCGAGGCGCUUUGGUGGAGGAUAGGUGGCAUGCGUCGGAGCAGACGAGCUACCCCGAGUCGUCCUCCCAGGAGGGCUGGCCAAACCCCAGGCAGCAUCAGGCUGCGCAGGCUGCGGCGCCGGCGCCGCCUGUGGCUGUCCAGGCCAACGCCGAGGCAAACAUGAAAGAGGCAGAGGCGGCGGCCGAGAAGUUCUUGAAGAUCGAGGCUUUGGCGGCGGAAGAGACUGGGCUGCCGAUCAACUCCACAGAGGGGGCGGAGAAGGAGUUGGACGAAAAGGUACGGAAGGAGGAGGAGGAGGAAGAGGAGGAGACGAUGCGCAUGGACUUGGUCUAUGGGGCCAUAGUUUUGAUGCUCAUCUUGGUGGGGUUUCUGGGCUACAAAGCCGGACAGCAAUCCAAAGCUCAAGCAGCUCCGGCCGCUCCGGCCGCUCCAGCCGCUGCGACAGGAAAGGAGCCGAAGGCUGAGCCUUCUUCUGCUCCGAAGGCAUCGCCCGCGACGUGA